GCUGAAAAGAUGUCAGUUAAAGAAUGUAAUUCGGGUGACUACUUACUUGUUUGUGCUAUCGACUUUGGAACGACAUUUUCCGGAUAUGCGUUUUCCAUGAAACAUGACUACAUAAAAGAUCCCCUCAAUAUAGCGACAAAUAACUGGAUUGGUCAGUCACUCAUUUCACAAAAAGCACCAUCGACUGUACUAUGUCAUCCAAACGGCGAUUUCCACUCUUUUGGUUAUUAAGCUGAGGAAAAAUUCAGCGAUCUGGCAAAUGAUGACAAGCAUCAUGGUUGGUUUUUCUUUAGACAGUUCAAGAUGAUCUUGCAUUCACAAAAGGAACUUAAACGAGCGACAUUGCUGUACGACCAUGAGGGCAAGAGUAUGCCAGCAUUGAACGUGUUUGCUAUGUGUUUACGGUACAUCCGAAAACAUUUGUUAGACGCCAUUGACAAACAAGGGAUGACUUUCAAAGACAUUGAAGUAGGAUGGGUGAUCACAGUUCCAGCCAUUUGGUCUGAUCCUGCUAAACAGUUUAUGAGGGAAGCAGCGGUGCAGGGUGGAAUACCAAACGCGCACCUUGUACUUGCACUCGAACCAGAAGCUGCGUCUAUUUAUUGCAAAAGACUGCCUACAGACAGAUUAGCUGCGGGAUCAACAUUACCAGGAUUUAAACCAGGAAUUACUUACAUGGUUCUUGACAUUGGAGGAGGUACAGCUGAUGUCACAGUGCAUAAAAUUCUUUCUGAUGGUUCUUUAACGGAGCUACACAAAGCCAGUGGAGGAGCAUGGGGAGGAACAAAAGUCGAUCAGGCAUUUCGAAGAUUUCUGGAAAAGUUGUUUGGUUCUAAAGUUAUGAAAAGGUUUGCAGAAGAAUGCCAUAUUGAUGAUUUUGACCUUUCCAUGGAGUUUGAAGUGAAGAAGAGAAAAAUUAGUUUUGAAAGCAUAACCCAGAUUACCAUGCGGAUUCCUGCCAACCUAAUGGUUUUGUAUAAAGAAAUAGAGAAGAGAACUAUCGAUGAUGUCCUGAAAAAGAAUGGAUUCGAAGAUAAAGUGGCAAUAAAGGGAGACAAGAUGAGAAUAGAUGUAAAAAUCUUCAGAGAGUUUUUCACAGAGUCCAUCGAAAGCAUCAUAGCACACGUAGGAGAUAUUCUUCAAAGCCCUCGGUCCAGCGACGCUUCGACUAUUCUAAUGGUGGGUGGAUUUUCAGAAUCGCCUCUUGUACAAGAAACGAUACGGCGAGCUUUCCCAGAAAAGACACUAGUUAUCCCUCAUGACGCAGGAACGGCAGUGCUGAAAGGCGCUGUCAUGUACGGCCAUCAGCCUAAGAUAGUGGCAGCAAGAGUCAGCAAGUUUACAUAUGGAAUAAAUUUUCACAAUGCCUUUGACCCGAAAUUACAUUUGAAAGGCAAGCGUGUUGUUAUCGAUGGUAACGUCCUAUGCAAAGACAUAUUUCUGAAGUUUGUUAGAGUAGGCGAUACACUGAACCUUGGUGAGAAGAGGACAAAUAACUUCAUUGACACAUUUCAAAGUCCAGACAGGAAGCGAAUGAUAGAGUAUUGCAACAUAUUCGCAUCGACUAACCCAGAGCCCACUUAUAUCGACGAUGACAAUUGCUGGAAGCUGGGUCAUGUCGCAAUGCUUCCGCCAAAGAAUGGAUGGCCUGAUACAAUAGAAGGUAGAGUUGAAAUGAAAUUUGGAAUGACCGAGUUCGAGGUUACAGUCUUCGAUGAAAUUUCUGGACUAGAAUUCAAUGCAAAUUUUGAUAUGUUACAAUAAAUACAAAUAAAUCCUACAAUAAUGUUUCAGAGACAAUAAAUGAAGUGGCUGACAUUUUAUCAUAUAUUUGUUGAUCACUUUAAUCACAAAAUGUUUUUAUGACAUCAUUUGCUAGAAUUUUAUGAUUUACCCAAACCAUUGAUUUUCUUAAACAUUGAGCUGGAUUUAAACAAUUUAACAUUUUGAUUUCAUUACUCUGUAUACUUGGUUUGAAUAUUAAUUAAUGAUUGUAAAAUCAAUUUUUUGAAUGAUAGAAGUUUUGGUUUAAUUAACAUUUAUCUUUGGUUAAUUGAUUUUGUUUAAGGUAGUUGAUCUGUAAUGGAACUCGGCAAAUUCCGUGUGAUUAUGUAUUCUCGUUAGGAAAUUUGGCAUUAUUUGAACGUACAUGUAGCUCAACACGUACACAGCUUUCCAUAAAAACCCGAAGUUUGCCGAUUUCAUAAAAUGAAAAUACGUAUUUUGCCGAUUAUCGUUACGGGUUAACUACAUUAAACGGAAUACAGUUAUUACCAUUAAGUAUGUAAGUGCGAAUUUCAAGUGUGCAACAUAUUAAUAUUACCACACAAUAGAUAAGUUUUAAGUUUAAACCUUGUCAAUAUUGCCACUAAAUGGACAAGGGCAAGUUUUAAGUGCGUAACAUUUCAAUCUUACCACUCAACAGAUAAGUGCCAGUUUUAAGUUUAUACGCUUGUCAUAUUACCACUCAUUACAUAAGUGCAAGUUUUAAGUUUAUACGAUUGUCAAUAUUAUCAUCACUUAUUAUGUAUAUGCUAGUUUUAAGUUUAUAUGCUUAUCAACAUAAACGCACAUCAUAUAUAAGCAAGUUUUAAAUUCAUAAGUUUGUAAAUAAUGCAUUCACGGUUCUUCCUGUAAGAAUAGUUUUUACAGUUGACCUGAGAUUUUCCAAGAAUUUAGUGAUAUGAUAAGAUGUCAAAAGAAUAAGUAUGUUUGCUGGUCACGGUUUCGAGAACAGUGCAGCCUCUGUCGAGCAAACACCAAUGGAAAAAUGAACACGUGAUUCCUGCGCAUAGGUUUUUGCUCAACACAGAUACAUUUACUUGACUGUCAGAACCUCAAACUAAAGCAACGAUGACAUAACAUGUGUGCUGUACCACGUGGGCAGAGAUGUUGUCAAUAUUGUAAAUGUUUAGGUACAGAGGAUUAAUGUUACUUAAUAUGUUUGUGUGUGUGUGUCCAAGCUUCCAAGCUUUCAAGAUGUACGUAAAUUAUUCCUUAAAAUUAUGCAUGUAACAGAUAUUAGGCUUUAUGUAUAAAUGUAUCAAAUUAUUCAAGAAAGUAUAUCAUUUGAGACAUGUGAAGGUAUAAUAGGAGUGAAGGUGUGGGCAGAAUGAGAAAUUACUUUAUUCAUAUUUAUUUUAUGCUCUUCAGUGAAAUACUGAAAUCUAUCAGUGAAAUAAAAUUGGUAUUUUCACUGUUUCAAACAGUGAAAAUAUCACUUUUAUUUUUCACUGGUACGGAACUACACUUGAAUGCGUAAGAAUAUGAAUUAUAAAUAAUAGAAAAUUCCAUGCAUAAUAUACUUCAGUAAAGAUAUAGAUGUAUAGAAAUACUAGCAGGAUUAUAAAUAUAUACGUUCUAUCAUAAUUAAAUGUAAAAGAAAUCAGGAAACGUAAUAGAACUAUUUACAGUUUUUCUACAAAGAUAUCAUGACGUCACGACAUUAUGACGUCAUGGUGCAAUGCGCGUGACGUUGCGCGGACAAACUGGAUAGUAUUUGGUUAAAACUACUAAAAAGCACAUAAAAUAAACAGAAAAUUUGUUUGUUUCAGUGUAAGAUCAAAAUAUAUUUCACUCGUGAACACUAUAAUUUACAUUUUCACUCGUGGCUGUGCCACUCGGGAAAAUAUUGCAUUAUAGUGUUCACUUGGUGAAAUAUAUUUCGAUCUUACUCUGAAACAAACAAAUAUCCUCUAUAUCCUAAUAUUUAACAAAUAAUAUCUAUACGAAGGUCCAUUGGAAGCCUAAAAUGUAACCAAGCAAAAUAAUAAUAAGACUCAGUUCAACCGAGUCUAUCUCUCAGUUGAUCCAGAAAAACAACUUUGAAGCAAUAAUUGGCUAUCUGUGUCCAUGCACUUCUCACAAUAUAUAAGAAAAAUACUAAACAACUAAAUAUAAAUGUAAUGAGUUGUAGAAUCACCGGAAAGCACAUAAAUCUUGGGGAAAAGAUCACUCCGACAUCCAACAAGAAAACACGUAGUGUAAGAAAAACCUCCCACAAUGACUACGGA